AGUUUCCGGAAGAAAUAAGCAAUGACCGGAAAACCACUGUGUGAAAAACAAAAAACAGCCACAUCUCUCUCUCUCUCUCUCUCUCUCUCUCUCUUAAAUCUUGUUUGUAACCAUUAAUAUAACAUUCAUAGUAACUCACAACACAACAGCUUCUAUUCCCUCCUUUUCCUCUCUUUCUUUUCUCUCUGAAUAAAACACACGCCAUUAUCCUCAUUUCCGACUCCUACACCAAACACUUUUUUCGGGUUUUCUUUUUCUCGGCUCUCUCUCUCUCUUUCUCUCUGCACUUGAAGUUAAGCCAUGAACCAAUAGCUAUCUUUCACACACAGUUUUACAUGGCGUACCACAAUCACCACAUGUCCCAAGACCUUCCACUUCCCCAUUUCACAGACCAACAACAACACCCCCACCCUGACAACACCUUGCUAGCUACCUCCUCCGACCCUACCUCCAAACCUCCCUCCGAUCCUCACCAAACCGCACCCAAUUGGCUCAACAACGCCCUUCUUCGCACCCACUUCACUGAAAACAAUAACAACCACGCCAACAGCGCCAGUAACAACAACGGCACCAAUUUUCUCAACCUUCACACCGCCGCCUCCGACCCCGCCGCCAAUCAAUCCUCCGGGCAAUGGCUUGCCCGGCCGGUCCUCCACCGCAACCGCAGCGAGGUCAUCGACGACGUCGCCGGCGCCGGCGAGUCCAUGAUGGCCGGCGCGACGGUGUCGCACGAAUCGGCGGAUUUGAAAAGAGGGGUGGAGAAGAGCGAGGCGGUGGCUGCAGAGAGUGGCGGAGAGGGGCUGAUGAACUGGCAGAAUGCGAGGCACAAGGCGGAGAUUCUGGCACAUCCUCUGUACGAACAGCUUCUGUCGGCACACGUGGCGUGCUUACGGAUCGCCACGCCGGUUGACCAGUUGCCAAGGAUCGACGCUCAGCUCGCACAGUCCCAGAAUGUGGUCGCCAAGUACUCUGCCUUUGGACAAGGCAUCGUUGGAGAUGAUAAAGAACUCGAUCAGUUCUUGUCGCACUAUGUUUUGUUGCUCUGUUCCUUCAAAGAACAACUCCAACAGCAUGUCCGGGUCCAUGCAAUGGAAGCGGUAAUGGCUUGUUGGGAGAUUGAACAAUCCUUACAAAGCCUAACAGGAGUUUCACCCGGGGAGGGUACAGGAGCAACAAUGUCUGAUGACGAAGAGGACCAAGUGGACAGUGAUGCCAAUCUGUUUGAUGGUGCUUUGGAUGGUCCCGAUAGCAUGGGAUUUGGCCCUCUUAUUCCCACAGAGAAUGAGAGGUCCCUAAUGGAACGUGUAAGACAUGAAUUGAAGCACGAAUUGAAACAGGGUUAUAAAGAGAAAAUUGUGGACAUCAGAGAGGAAAUUUUACGCAAGAGACGAGCUGGGAAACUUCCUGGGGACACGACCUCUGUCCUUAAAGCUUGGUGGCAAUCACAUUCCAAAUGGCCUUACCCUACUGAGGAGGAUAAGGCAAGGCUGGUGCAGGAAACGGGUUUGCAGUUAAAGCAGAUCAAUAAUUGGUUUAUCAAUCAAAGGAAGAGGAAUUGGCACAGCAAUCCUUCAACUUCUACUGUCUUGAAGAGCAAGCGCAAAAGGUGAUAAUAGUGGUGAUCUUUACAUGUAAAUGGAGAGGGAAGGGAUUCUAUCAUACAGCAUGGCAAGGGAAUCAAGUAAAGUCAAUGAGAAGGAGAGGGACAGGGUUAGCUAGGGAGUUCAAUUAGGAUUUAUAAAGCGAUAUCGAUUUGGGUAGUAAUUCCAUGGGCGUAUGAUUUUUAGUCACAUAUUUAUGUUUGUGAAAUAUACAUAAUAGUGAGGGGUUGUGGGUGUACAGUAAUAAUCUGAGCAUUUUUCCUUCAAUCAUGCUAAUUUUGUUUUUGCUAUUCUUAGAAUUGGUAUAUACAUGGGGUUUUGAUAUUUUUCUUAAAAUGUUCUUCUAACACUCUUAAUAAACAACAAUAUUGAAUAUAAAAGGGGUAUAUUUGAUAUAUUCGAAUAAAAACAUUUAAUCAUAUAGCAACUAUUAGGAGGAAUAUGGAGUUCAAUUUGUUGCAGAAACCAUACAUAGGAAGUUUUUAUUUAUUAGACUUUAAUCGCAGUUGCCUCGUUUGCACUUGGCAUGGUGUUUGUAUGUUGCUCCUUCGAGUGAUUUUAAAGUCAAAAUCAUGACAUGGAAUAAAAAUUAUGAGGGUGAAAACAGAGUUC